AUCUACACCUCUAUAGUUUGCAAAUCAUACUUGACAUCACAAAACACACAACAAUUUGUUCCAAGAAAAUGAGUCAGGAGAAACCUCGAAAGGAAGAAGGAAUAAAAUACGAAGAUGUAUUCAACGUACAGGGAGACACCGGAAGAAAGACGGUGGCGCCGAAGGACGCGGCGAUGAUGCAGAAGGCCGAGACUCAAAUGCUCGGAAAAACCCAAAAGGGUGGCGCUGCUGCUACCAUGCAAUCGGCAGCAUCGAAAAAUGAAAGAGAUGGAGUUGUAGGGCACGAUGAUAUGAGUAAAGUUGCCGCCGACGGUGGUGUCAGUAUAACUGAGACAAAUGUUAAAGGGCGGCAUGUUAUCUCGGAGUCUAUCGGUGGCCAGGUGGUGGAACAAUUCAGUCAUCAAAAUCCAGCGUUGAAUACGAUGACGCCUGCUUCUCUUGUUGAAGAAAUGGGAGUUGGAGCUGCUGGUGGUGGUAGCACCGGCGGGAUAACCAUAGGGGAAGCACUCGAAGCCACUGUUUUGACAGCAGGAAAGAAACCCGUUGAAUGGAGCGACGCAGCCGCCAUUCAAGCAGCGGAAGUCCGAGCUACCGGACGCACAAACAUCGUCCCUGGUGGUGUUGCCGCGGCGGCGCAAUCAGCUGCAACUCUCAAUGCUCGAACAACAAAGGAUGAGAACAAAACCAAACUCGCUGAUGUUCUCACGGAUGCAACUUCGAAGUUACCGGCGGAUAGGCCAGCGACGAGGAGAGAUGCGGAAGGUGUGACGGGUGCAGAAAUGAGAAAUGAUCCGUCGCUAACAACUCAUCCUGGGGGAGUGUCUGCGUCGGUGGCAGCCGCAGCUAGACUUAACCAAAACAAUAUUAACUAGUUGUUGUUGCUACCUAACAAGUAACUAGCUAUGUAGUAGCUAACAUAUACAUAUAUGUAAAUUAAUGGAGUUAUGUUUUUCUUCAUAUGCUUUUGUUUACUUUCUUUAAAUUAAUGGAACUAUGUUUACAUA